AUGCCAGCUGCACCGCGUUUCAGGGAAAGAUCUACAUCUGUGGUGGAUUCAACGGACACGAUUGCCUGCCGUCAGCAGAGUUUUACACACCAGAGACCGACCACUGGACGUUGAUCCGCCCUAUGAGCAGCCCGCGCAGUGGUGUCGGAGUCAUGGCGUUUGCGGGUCGUGUUUAUGCAGUCGGCGGCUUUGACGGUACUGAACGUCUGCGCAGUGCUGAGGCCUACAAUCCGCAAACCAAUACUUGGGCGGCCGCGCCGCCCAUGCUGACUCCACGCAGCAAUUUUGGCCUGGAGGUGAUUGAAGACAAGCUCAUCGUUGUUGGAGGCUUCGAUGGCUUCUCCACCACUUUCAAUGCCGAGUUCUACAGCGCUACAACCAACCGGUGGACUAAAAUCUGCAGCAUGAACGUGUUCCGCAGCGCUUUGAGCUGCUGCGUGAUAUCUGGACUUACAAAUAUGGAGACUUAUGCUUACCCUCGAGAACCUCUGUCUUCAGAAGAGGAAGAAGAGGAAGAGACAGUCUGAGAGUUCGAUUCCACCCUUCAGAACCAAUGGAACAGAAAUAAACAACUUCUGUAGGAGACAA